AUGGAACAAAUAUUAAAAUAUCUGAUUAUCAUAGCUUCUUUGAUGACCGUUAAACUAACUGUAACCGAAAGUAAAAAUGAUACAAAGCCAAAAAUAGACCGGCGGUACUUUCACGUGCCUAUGUUUAUUAAUAUUUGUGACAUCGAAGACAGGAGAUCGAAAGUGCACUGUUACUGUGAUAACAAUAAAGCAAAAAUGGCCGUCAAGGCCGAUUGCUGGGUCUUUGGUGGAGGCAUCACCGAAGAUGAUCCAAUUUGGCCUAAUUUCUCAUCUCAAAGUGAACUCGAGCAUCUCAUGUUCAAUGUCAGAUCUGAUGAUGCCCUAACAUUCAUACCAGCAAAGGCCAUAGUAAGAUUAGACAAACUUAAACACCUUACUAUACAGUUCGGAGCUAUCAAAAGGAUUCCACCUUACGCUUUCACCAACUCAUCGACUUUAAGACAGAUAAUAUUAAAAUCAACUAAAAUAACGACAUUGGAUAAACAUUCGUUCUCUCAAAUGAUGAUGCUCUCGAACCUGAGUCUGGAUGACAACCAAAUAUCUGAAUUGAAGCGAGAUGUGUUCUUCAACUUACCGAACCUACACAUUCUACAUUUACCCAACAAUAACAUAAGUUUGAUCCACGAAGGUUGUUUCAAACACCUGAAUAAUUUGAUCGAACUGAAAUUGGACUACAAUUACAUAACGGUCAUAACUAAGGAGAUGUUGGAAGGUCUCGAGAAUCUUUCAAGGUUGAAUCUGAGACAUAAUAAAUUGACUAUGAUUGGAAAUUUGGCUUUCAGCGAAUUGUGGGGUUUGAAAGACUUGAUGCUUGAUAACAAUGCGAUAGAGUAUAUUUCUGAGAGGGCAUUCGGUGGGUUGACGCAGUUAAGAAAAUUGACUUUGUCGGGAAAUCGCUUGACGACAUUUUAUGAGGACAUUCUGGAAGAUAUGAGAAGUUUAGUGGUAUUAGAUCUGAGGGACAAUAUGCUCGAGACCAUAACAUACGAGACAGUACGGCCGGUGGUUGAGAACGAUAAAUCAACAUCGACUGCAGUUUAUUUGGACGGUAACCCUCUCAACUGUAACUGCCGCCUCUCGUGGAUAUAUGUUUUACGCAACGGGACCCGAGACAACACUCUCAAGCACGCCCUUGAAAAAAUAUCAUGUGUCACAGACCCGAACGACCGACGCCCCGAAAAUGAUGUCACAGACGAGGACAAUGUUUUGGCCGACGAUAAUUAUGAGUAUUACGAUAAAGGCGAUGAUUAUGUUGAAAAGAAACCUAAAGCCAGCAAAGCUAUCAAACUCGUGGAUAUCCCGCUAGAGGCGCUGCCGUGCCCGAAGGAACUCAUACAAUCUAUAGAGGAGUCUUACGGCCACCCGGUGCAAAAUGAAAUAAGAUUGAAAGCAUUCUCCGGCGCUUGCAACGCUGCAUCUAGUUUAAUUCCCAUAGCUGUUACAUUGUUGUUGUUCUAA